CGCCUUCUGCAAAUUCCCGCCUCCCUAAUCGCCAAAUGUAUUUUAGUAGCCGCAGCGGGGGUGAGGAGAGGGGAGGGGCAGCGCCGCCCUCCGCCUCGCUCCCCCUCUCCGCCCGCCGGUUUCCCGCCCCGAUGAUGGGUUUGGGGCUGGCCCUGGCGGUGGUGCACGCCUGAAGGGAGGAGGGCCCCCGAGGCUCCUCCCGCGCUGCCAGAAGUGACUCCCCGGCGCACACACUCUGGCCGAGCAGGAGAUGGAUGGGGCUGAGCUGGAUGGCGGCCGCAGCGCAGCAGAAGCCCCUCGGCAAGGCUGCCUGGCGGCGGCGGCAGCAGCAGCCGCUCCUAAUAACAGCCCCGAGCUAGGUGAAGCAGCGCCAGGCAGCAAGCGAGAGGCAGGAGCCAUGGAAGAUCCCCCCACGAGGGAGGCUCCAGCCUGGGAGGGAAGCGCAGCUGCCUCUGCCGCUGUCGGCAGCACGACAGCCCAGGAGCUGAAGAAGCAGCAGCAAGGGGUCAAGCGGCACCACCACAAGCACAACCUGAAGCAUCGCUAUGAGCUGCAGGAAACUCUGGGCAAGGGUACCUAUGGCAAAGUCAAGAGGGCCAUCGAGCGGUUUUCAGGCAGAGUGGUUGCAAUAAAAUCCAUCCGUAAGGACAAAAUUAAGGAUGAACAAGAUAUGGUUCACAUCAGACGGGAGAUUGAGAUCAUGUCAUCUCUCAGCCAUCCUCAUAUCAUCACUAUAUAUGAAGUGUUUGAGAACAAAGAUAAAAUUGUGAUUAUCAUGGAAUGUGCCAGCAAAGGGGAACUGUAUGAUUAUAUCAGUGAAAGGCGAAGACUAAACGAGCGGGAGACGAGACACUUCUUCCGGCAAAUUGUCUCUGCUGUGCAUUACUGCCACAAGAAUGGUGUUGUCCACAGGGACCUAAAACUGGAAAAUAUUCUUCUCGAUGACAGCUGUAAUAUUAAGAUUGCAGACUUUGGACUUUCAAAUCUUUAUCAGAAAGACAAAUUUCUCCAGACUUUUUGUGGAAGUCCACUGUAUGCUUCUCCUGAAAUUGUCAAUGGAAGACCUUACAGAGGCCCAGAGGUUGACAGCUGGGCCCUUGGUGUAUUGCUUUACACUCUGGUUUAUGGAACAAUGCCUUUUGAUGGCUUUGAUCACAAAAAUCUAAUCAGGCAGAUCAGCAGUGGAGAAUAUCGUGAGCCAACACAGCCCUCAGAUGCCCGUGGUCUGAUUCGGUGGAUGCUGAUGGUGAAUCCUGAGCGCAGAGCAAACAUUGAAGAUAUAGCCAACCACUGGUGGGUGAAUUGGGGCUAUAAGAGCAGUGUUUGUGAUUGUGAUGCCUUGCAAGACUCAGAGUCCCCGCUGCUAUCUAGGUUUAUAGAUUGGCAUCAUCGUUCCAGUGGCCUCCAGCCAGAGACUGAUACCAAAAUGAAGUGCCUUUCCAAACCAAAAGGAUCUGAAGUCACGCUAGAGAGACAGAGAUCCUUGAAAAAAUCAAAGAAGGAAAAUGACAUUGCACAGUCUAUCCAGGAAGGAGGAAGUGAAAAUGCAUGCAAACUAAACUCCAAGAGGCCAAAAAGCAUUUUGAAGAAAAGGAGCAACAGUGAACAUCGCUCUCACAGUGCAGGAUUCAUAGAAGGUGUAGUCAAUCCAGUGUUACCCUCCAGUUUUAAAAUGGAGCAGGAGUUAUGUAGGACAGGCAUGUCCAUUAAGAGCGUUGUGGAGGGGGAGGUUUCGGGUAAAUACAGCACUAAGCAGUGUUCCUUAAUGCCAAAAAAGGGAAUUCUCAAGAAGACUCAGCAGAGAGAAUCUGGUUAUUAUUCAUCUCCAGAACGGAGUGAAUCUUCAGAGCUCUUGGACCAAAAUGCGGAGGCAGGGAAUAGUGACACUUCCCCAGGUAUCAUUGAAACAUUGAGGAUAGAGUCUCACAGCCAUUCCUACAGGCGGAAGGGUAUUUUGAAACACAGCAGCAAGUAUUCCACCAGUAGCACAGAUUCAGCUUUAGUCAGCCCUGACACACCAAACUUGGAAGGCAUGGAGGAAGUUGUCCUGCCUGGAGAUGGAUUGUCUCGAAGUUACAGUCGCCCUUCUAGUGUGAUUAGUGAUGACAGCAUCCUGUCCAGUGACUCUUUUGACUUGGUGGACUUGCAAGAGAACAAGCUGAGGAUAAGGAGCUGUGUCUCCGCUGAAAAUUUCCUCCAGAUUCAGGAUUUCCAAGGACUCCAAAACCGCUCACGGCCACAAUACCUGAAACGUUAUCGGAAUCGGACAGGCAAUAGCAGUUUUUCUCUCCUUACAGACAUGGAUGAUGUCACUCAGGUCUACAAGAAAGCUCUGGAGAUCUGUAACAAACUUAACUAGUAGAGGGGAGAUAGCACAGCUGGAAGGAAAGGGUCUUGGGUACCUUUAUGAUGGAGUUGGCCCAACUAUCAUUUUGCUGACAGUGGUAGCAUUAUUAAACAAGAUUGAACAGACAGACUGAGCAGAAAUCUUUCAGUUAUGUUGGGGGCAAAUUCAUCUCAUGUUCUUUAUGCAACUUUAUAGCUCAUACAAUCAAAAUACUACCUAAUGUCCAAAGAACCUACAAUAAUGUAUGAAGCAAAAACUCUGGAAUUUGGCAGACAGAAAAGGAUCAUGUUCCAGUGGCUAUAAGUUGAAGCUAGACAACACACAAACUGGAAAAAAGGGUACAUAUAUUUAUACUAGAGAAGGUAACUAACCACUGGAAAAGCUAUAACAGUAAAAGUAAAAUGUAUUGAUUUGAGUUGUUUUUUAAAGUCAGCUAUUAGGUAUAAGAAAUAAUUUGCAUGGUUAUGCAAACAUAGUAAUGACAUAUUCUGAACAAGGCCAGCCAAACAAGGUCCUGAUCCAGAGAGACAUGCACAUGCAGCAGAGGAUUGCCUACUGCACAAGCAUAAUUGUCCAACUGAUAACUGACACUGCUGAAUAUUGGCUGAUAGUACCACCUUGUGAAAAUUUAGUAAUUUGAGUGGAAAGAAUAUCGUAUUUGUAGAAGUUAGGCUAGGAAAAGAUUAUAGCAAUGUAGUACAAAGAUGAAGAGAUGAGAGUGAAGAAGAAGAAGUAAGCUUUUUCUAAGCAGAAACAAACUAACAGGGGCUGUGGAAAUCUGCAUAGCUACAGUGAAGCCACAUGAUAUGCCAUUUAAACUUCAGCAAGAGCCUGAGAAAGUCAGCUUUCCUGUUUAAGACAACAAGAUUCUUACCUUCUUGGUUGUAGAGAACAAUCUGAAAAUGUGUUGACCAUUUUAAUUCAGAAUUUUAUGAUAUUCAUUAUCCCUUCCAUAUAACCACUGUCCAGAGAAAGUUAGAAGUGCUUAAGCCAUCUUGAAAUCAAGAGAACUGUGUAAUUAAGUACUUGUGCCUCACCAAUUUCAAAGGCACUCAGACAUGCUUUGCUUUCUCUGAAUUCCUCCCAUUACAUUUUUCCUAACUUCCCCAACUCCCACUAAGCCCCGGUAGCAGGUCGAAUGUGUAAGGCCAGUCUUCAACUAAAGAGGUUGGUUCCUACAGAACCCAGAUAUGCAGGAACAGGUUAGGGGGCAAAUCUAAGCACAUCAGCUGUAAAAUUUAGCAGAACAAGCUAAUCCAAAAUAUCUCCCUAGAAGGAGCCAUUGAUAAUCCAAAACCAGGUUAGGCCAAAAAGGAAAUAUCAAGGAGAAAAGACAAACAACUUUGUAUUGGGAAGCAUAGAGAGGUGAAGUCAUUGCCUGCCAGCAUCCCCUCUCAUUCCCUUAUGUGUAGCUACUGGGAGCUAGAAUAAAUCAAGACAGGAUGCAGGUGAGACUAAUUGCAUUAAAGCCUUUCCAGCACAGGUCUGGAAGUGAAACCUGACAGUCUCAACACUACCCCUACCCCCACCCCACACACACACUCCCUAAGAGGAAGAAGAAAUUCUGAGGAAAACACUUUUCAAGACCAGUUGUUCAUCUAUGCAAAUGGUUUGAACCAUGAAAAUCAAGCAAAUUUCUGAUAAUGUAUAACAGACAUUUGCUAAUUGUUACAGAAAUUCUACAGUAGAAUUUUAGUUUGGUCAAUUUGGGUUUUGUGGCUGUAAACUUUGGACUUCCAGAGCCCUUGUCAGUAAGUAAGGUGGUAGAGAAACAGAAGGAACAUGGUUUAUGAGUAGAGAAAUGCUAAUAGGAGAGUAGAUUUGAUGAGGGUUUCAGUGUAAGAAUGUAUAUGUAUUGUGAAUGACAUUGCAUGGCCAGUGGGGUCAAAUUGGAGAAGACAAUAUUAUGUCUCAUGGGCGCAGUUUAAAUACUGAAAUGAAAGGCCUCAACUCCCAUAAAGGUACUUCUUGGGUCUACUGGAUUACAUGAAUGUAAGCCUCUUUUUAAAUAGGCACUAUGUGUUUGACAGGCCUGGGCAAUUUAGGAAUAAUUUGGCCCAAUUCUUGGCACAGUUAUUCCAACAAACAACCCUUAGGGUUCAGUGGAGUUGUGUUAUUAAAUUAGCUUCCCAGGUCAAAUUGUUUGGAGGGUUUGUUUGUUUGUUUGUUUAAAGACAUCGCUCACAUGCAACUACAAGUAAUAUGCCAAAAUUCUGUUCUUGCAUUUAACUAGUGCCAACUUCCUCACUUUAACUGAGAACAAAAUUUGACCCACCCUAAAUCUGGGCUUCAAAAACCAUAGAGAACUUGUGCCAAACUCAAGAUAGUCCAAAGUAAAGACAUAACAUUACCUAAAUUAGAAGAAAGGGUGGUUUUGUGUUUCUCAUAAUUAUUUCCAAACUGUCUAUUUUGUGUCAUAAUGCUUUCAUCUAGCAAUCAAACAUGAGAACUAAUUAGGAUUGUUAAUUUCAGUUUUCCAAAAUGGCUCUUCUAAUGUUUCAGGACAGUUUUUAUCUCUUCUCACAAGGGACUGGACCAAAUUAAUUAUUCAGUCUUGGUCAAAAUGUCAUUGUACCUCCAGAAAAUCCGUGUAUCUAUACUUAUAGACAUAAGUGCCUCCCUCUCCCCCACCCGGCCUUUUCUUUGCUGAGAAAAUAUUCUUAUUAUACUGUUUGAUGUCUGCUACAGUAUCAUGCUAAGACACCCACUCUCAUUCGUUUGCAAACUAUGCUUUUCAUUCCCACAUACAAUUUGAGCAGCUCUGUCCUAAGCAUAUUUACACAGAACUCACUCCUAAGGUCAAUGGUGCUUUUUCUCAAAUAAGUGAAAAUAAGAGUUGCAUCCUGAAAAGGGAUAAGGAAGUCUGAAGAUUUUCUGUGUCCUUUUUGAAACAGGGUGCUUCAGUAUUUUAGAUAAACUUAAUCAUUAGCAUAAAGACCAUCUUUUGACUUGGCAUGUAAAAGCCGUUCACCUUGGUUGCCAUGACAAGAUUGGUCUCAGUUGUCCUAAUAGAGCUUGAUUUCUGUGGAACAGUGCUGGAUUACAGACUGUUCAUCUGGCUCAGUUAAAUAUUUAAUUGAUGUAUUUGGUGAAAGAACAGGAACUCUCAACUGCUCUUGUGAGGAACUAACAAAUAACUUUCCGUCUGAGCUCUACAUAGGCUAUUGCCCAGGCCUGUCAUCUUGUGUACAAAUGUGAAUGAUUGAUUGAUUGCUGCCAAACUGGAAAAUGUUCUGUAGGGACUUACUGGCAUGUUAUCAUUCCUAGGAGAAGAACACUUGACUGCACAUUGUUAUUAUUAGCGUUGUGGGGUUUUUUUCUUAUUUAAUUUGGGGACUUUUUUUUUUUUUGGUAAUUCAAAGUUGAAUUUUUUAUUUGAAUUUAUCUCUUUUUUAAUUUAUUGGUCUGAAAGCCAUUUCAAAGGUAUAAUAAUAUAUUUUGGUGUAAUUUAAUUGGUGCAGCAUUGUGUUACAGCUCUGGCCAAAAUGUUACCUUAAAAAACAACAACUUGUUUUUCUUUUUGUUUUGCUCAUUGGUUGGUUUGAUCUCUGUGAAGCAUGCUGGGGAGAAAAGCUGGAUAAUCACCCAAAGUGUUCGUAUUUUUAAUCUGAUACUGUCUUUUUUAUUAAACAGAAUGCCAAUAAAAAUGUGAAUCGUG